AUGGAUGAAGAAGCUAUGUGGAAAGGAUUUUAUGAAAAGAUAAUUGCGGAAAAAGAGUCAAAUAAGGAAAAAUCAGAUCAUGAACUAAGCAGAGAUAUUCUAAAUGUCAACAACAUGACUGGAAAAGCAAAUAACAACAGCGGUAGAAUGACACGAUCCAUGGGAGAUUCUGCAUCCAGUCAGAAUGAGUUAAAUCUUCCGAAUAGUGCAAAGGAUAAAAAAUCCAAAGUACCUGAAGGUCCCUUAAUGGAUUCCUCAAAUAACGUGAAUAAAACAGGCUUACCUCUUACUGAAAAAACUAAAAAGCAUACAGACAAUGGAAGUGUUGAAAAGGGUGAGAAAGAUAAAAUGUCCCAUGAUCACCGACGAUGCGCUGGGAAAACUAAUAAAAAGCAUGGACGUUCAAAAUCAUCCACAUCCAUGUCAUCAUCGUCGUCGUCAACGUCAUCUUCAUCCGAUGACAGGCGAUACUAUAAGCGUAAACAGAACCGCAAGAAGCACCAAAGCAAAAAGAAAAGACACCACCGCGUAUCCAGCUCAUCAUCUUCUUCAAGCUCUUCAGAACCGGCUGAUAAAGCCAAUAAAAAAGAACUGAAAAAAAAAGCAUUCAAAGACCUUAAGAAGCUUCAAAACCUGACAAAAGAAGAUAUUUCAGACGAAGAUGUGAAAACGACGUCCAAAAGGACUUCAAGGCGUUUACGGACCACUGAGGCAAGAUUAGCAAAUAUCGAAAAUUACUUAUUUGGACAAACACAGACUAAUAUGGUUGAGAAUUCCGGUUAUCGACUGUCCAACAGAAAUGAUCUGCGCGUCCAAAGAAAUUUAUUCGUUCAGCAAAAUUACUCUAAUCAAAAACCACGCCCGCGACAGCCGACUAUUUUGGGACCAGCGUUACCUCUUACAAUACAACCUUAA